CUCGGACGGAAGCCGAGGUGGACGCGCGGCGGGAUGUGGCCCGGAAUAUUGGCCGAGGGAGCCCGUGCGGCGGCGGGCCGGCGUCCCGCGCUGGGGCCAGGCCUCGCCGUCCGCCUCCUCUCGUGGCGAGCGCGCCUAUGACAUCUACUCGCGGCUGCUGCGAGAACGCAUCGUGUGCGUCAUGGGCCCGAUCGAUGACAGCGUGGCCAGCCUGGUGAUCGCCCAGCUGCUGUUCCUGCAGUCGGAGAGCAACAAGAAGCCCAUUCACAUGUACAUCAACAGCCCGGGUGGCGUGGUGACCGCGGGCCUGGCCAUCUACGACACGAUGCAGUACAUCCUGAACCCCAUCUGCACCUGGUGCGUGGGCCAGGCGGCCAGCAUGGGCUCCCUGCUGCUCGCCGCCGGCAGCCCGGGCAUGCGCCACUCGCUCCCCAACUCCCGCAUCAUGAUCCACCAGCCCUCCGGGGGCGCCCGGGGCCAGGCCACAGACAUCGCCAUCCAGGCCGAGGAGAUCAUGAAGCUGAAGAAGCAGCUCUACAACAUCUACGCCAAACACACCAAGCAGAGCCUGCAGGUGAUCGAGUCGGCCAUGGAGAGGGACCGUUACAUGAGCCCCAUGGAGGCCCAGGAGUUCGGCAUCUUAGACAAGGUCCUGGUCCACCCUCCCCAGGACGGGGAGGACGAGCCCGAGCUGGUGCAGAAGGAGCCUGUGGUGGCGGCGGCGGCGGCAGUGGCAGCGACAGCCCCUGUCCCAGCGAGCACUUGAAAAACGGACCUCAUCUGCGGAGGGGCCGGGGCUCUGCAGACCCCAGGCCGCAGCCCGGCUCACCCCUCGCCCCAAGGAACUGUGGAUCUGGGGUUCCCCUCGGGCCGCGCAGCCUGGCUGAGACACUGUGAUUUUAAAUUAAAACUCGUGGUCUUCGCUCUG